AUGAAACUAUCUGAAACUUGCCUGCUAUUGUACUGCUCAACUAGAAAUGAUCCCUUCAAUGCCAUCGGAGAUGGAUACAUCGAGAUGCUCUGUUUUGACUUCCUCCUUAGGCAAAGUGAGCCGUUUAAUGCUGUGAACAUGAAAGGAGCUAAAGAGCAGGCGGUCGAAGAGGCGGUAGCUGAAGAGGAUGAAGCAGAGGAGGAUGCAAUAGAUGAGGUAGUGACAGACAUCGUAGAUCAGGCAGGUGGAGCUGCUGAUAACAUGGCAGAUCAGGCAGACGUCGAAGAGGCUAUAGAUCAGGGAUCUCUUGCUGGUGUCUCAGAGUAA